AUGCGUUUAGAGAUUUUCUAUUAUUCGCUAAAAGAGUUUAGAAGUUGGACAACUAGCGGAGUGAUCAGUCCAGAUCAAAGAGCUAAAUUCUACUAUGCAGACCCAGCGGAAACCAACUUUGAAUUGGUGAAUGGAAUCUUAAAAGGUGAAUUUGUGGCACUCCACGGUCCACGGGCGUCCGGAAAGUCAACACGAGUAUAUCGUACCAUGCAGCAUUUAACAGAACGACAUAAUUGCCAUUGCUUCUACAUUACUUUACAAGACGUCGAAAUUUCCGAUGAGUUUGAUAGAUUGUAUGGUGCAAUUGAUAAAGUUCGUGACGAAUUCCUUGUCGUUGUUGGAACUUCUGGAAUUCUUGAGCUUAACUCAAGCAAUGACUACGAUUCACCAUUCAAUGUCCGAAACCCUCUCCAGAACCCUAAUUUAUCUAAAGAGCAAGUGCAAAAGCUUUUCGAAAAGUUCGAAUUGGAACAUAAGUUUAAAAACAUUUAUGGGUAUAGCACUUUCGAAAGGAUAGUAAAAGAUCUUCUCAAGGAGAAUUCAAGACCCGCAGUGGACCUCUUGCGAUUACAAUUUCUCCCAAAUCCCGAACCCGUAACUAUCAGAAAUUCAUCGGAUCUAAUUCAGGCCUGUCAUCUCGCUAGAAAUGGGGUUUUGAUCACUUACUGCCCACCCAAUGAAAUACCAAAGCGUCCUGAUCAAAGCAUAGACUUGCUUAGUGCUUUAAGAGAUGCAGUUUGUACCUUCGAAAAACAAAAUUUCAGAUUGGCAGCAUUUCGCUCACAUAAGAAAGCACAGGUACCUGCUAUUGGAUCUACUAACGUAUUGGUUCCUCGAAAGAGCGUAUACCAACGGCAGCUUGCUGACAUUUUUACAAAUUGGAUUUCAUCACUAGGAUUCGAAGUUAUGAGCCAAUACCACAUAACAGAAAGGAAAACCCACCGUUAUAGCGACUUUGUGAUAACAGCACCAGUAGUGGUAAAGGUAUUAUUAAAAGGAAACGUCAUAGAAGAUUGUGAAGAAAGAGGUGGUAGAAACGGAUUUGGAGUAUACUCAUUGACUUGUGUGACCGGAUUGUGGUUGACUUCCAAUUGGCCUGGCCAACCAACAUCAAUCCUUGAGCUCCUUGCCACUUCAACUAGAAAAUAUUUGGAAGAACAUUUUGAACGAACUCUCAAAUAUGCUCAAUCACUUAAACAAAGUCUUAAUAUUCUUGAUGUUUGGAUCGUCCACUUUACAUGUGGAGACGAACCAAACCAUCACUGGCCAAGUAAAGAACAGCGGGAUUAA